AGAAGAUGGAACACUUCAGCAAGGACUUCAGCAUAGGCGCAUGCGAAGGCCAAAAGGUUGUGGAUGGAGAGACCAUGCCACUGGUGCUGCAGCCUCCAGAGCCAACCAGGAAUGAUGUAGAGUCGCUUGUGUCGACUAUCAAGAAAAACAAGGACUGGUUUGAGCAGAUGCUUAUCAAGAACAGUGCAAUCCUGCUUAGAGGUUUCAAUGUACAGAAUGCAGUGGAGUUCAAUGAUAUUGUGGAAGCUCUCGGGUGGGAUGAUAUUCGUUACGUUGGUCCUGCUCCUCGAACACAUAUCCACAAGCGUGUCUGGACUGCCAAUGAAGGACCUCUGUCUGAGUUCAUAUACUAUCACCAUGAGAUGGUGCUGAUUAAGGAGUUCCCAAAACAAGUCAUCCUAUUCUGUGAGACACCACCACCAGAAGGAGGACAGACACCGUUUGUUCCAAGCUUCCGAGUGACCGAAAGGAUGCUGGAGGAGUUCCCAGAAGCUGUAGAAGAAAUGGAGGCAAAUGGCUUGAAGUACACCUUCACAGCUCCUAGCAAGAACAGCACAGGUUCAAUGAGGGGUAGGGGAUGGGAGGAUGCUUUUGUCUCAUCAGAUCGUGCCGUAGCUGAACAAAGGGCUAAUGCUUUAGGCAUGGAUGUGGAGUGGCUAGAAGAUGGUUCGAUGAAGACGAUAUUGGGUCCAAGAUCCUUGACAAGGGUGUUUGAAGGAAGGAAAGGAAGGAGAAUGUGGUUCAACACGGUUGUGGGAAUGCAUGGAAAGGAGCACAGUUCUGCUUCGAUGGCUGACGGAUCGGAGAUUCCAGACAAUGUGGUGAAUAGAUGCCAAGAGAUUAUUGAAGAAGAAAGUAUCCAGUUCAAGUGGGAGAAGGGUGAUGUGCUCUUCUUUGAUAAUUAUGCUUUGCUCCAUGGAAGGAGGCCUUCUGCUGCUCCCAGAAGAGUAUUGGUUGCUACCUGCAAGUAAUGAUCUCUUGCAGACUGUUAAUGGUUACCUGCUGGCCUUAUUAUCAUCAUGUUUGUACCAUCUAUUAUACUUUCUCAUUUCAGUCAAUAACGGACUGGUCUGAAAUAGACCUGCUUGAUGUUUGUGUUUAAUUAUCCAUCUGUUGGAUUCCAAGAGUAUUUACAGCAAUUUCCAUCUCUUGUACUGGUCGAGUGAUAAAUGAAUGUUAAUCUCCUAUGC